GAGCCACUACGGGUCUACUGGUUUGUUCGGGUCUGUUAGAGCAGACUUUUCUUCUUAACGUCAAUGUGCUCGCCACGAAACGAGUCGUUUGUGACAGCAUUGAAUGUCGGCAUGCUAACGGAACCGUUUAUCCUCGCCGCUGUCAGCAUAGCGUAACAGUGAAGCUAGCCGACGUCAGAGCCUACGCUUCUCGUCCAAGAAGGAGCAGACACGAAAAAAAGAAGAGAUGGCUAUGAAGAAAACGUAAUAUUUGUCACUGUGAACUCGUCCUUCGGUGUCUUCUCUGUUACGUUGCUGUUGAGUAAAUGAAUUUCCUGCGGAAUCGUCUGGUGUUUCUGGGCGUGGUGUUGCUGGCCACGGUACUGCUGUACCUGCUGCUGCCGUCCAUUCGUCACGGCACCAAGGAACCGUCCCGGAGCGCGCACAGACCGGGCCUCCUGGCCACAUCACCCCCUCCGCUUCCCAACACCAACGUGUCCGUUCGGACCGGGCAGCUUCCCGGGGACCCUCCGCUUUUCUUUCGAGAGGCUCUACCCGUUGACUCAGCUGGACGUCAGAUACUGCCCAGGUUGCAAGUGGUGCUUCUGCAUGGCCAGGCUUUUACCUCUAAAACCUGGGAAGAGCUUGGCACCAUGGCCCUCCUCGCAACCUCUGGAUACCAGGCUUUAGCCUUGGACCUGCCAGGCUACGGUCAUUCUCCCGACUCAGUGGCGCUGAAGAAUGAGCAGAACCGAGUGGACCUGAUCUCCAGGUUCAUGGAGUCUUUGGGCGUGAGGUCGGCGGUGCUGGUGAGUCCUUCCAUGAGUGGACACUACUCCAUCCCUUUCCUCAUGAAGAACGCUGCACAGCUACACGGCUUUGUUCCCAUAGCGCCAGUCGGCACUCGCAGUUACACGCCACAGCAGUACCACGAUGUUCAGACACCCACGCUGAUUGUAUUUGGGGCCCUGGACACGAACCUCGGCGCCCAGUCUCACAAGAACCUGGCCCAGCUGCCGCGUCACUCCGUGCUCAAGCUGGAAGGAGCUCGCCACGCGUGCUACAUGGACAAACCUGGAGCCUUUCACCAAGGACUCAUCGACUUCCUCGGCAAGCUCAAGUGAGAUGAAGUGAGAAAAAGAUGCAGUUUGCCUGGAAGGCUUCCCAGUGCAAAACAGCUCAUGAAAACCAGAUUGGGCAUACUUUAUUAUUAUUGUUAUUUAUUCGUCUUCAUCAUGUGUGCAAUAAGCCUCCACUUGUGAGAUUUCUGUCAUGUCUCUGCAUGCAAAAACAACAAAAAAGCAUUACAUUUGUUAUCAGUGUUGCUGUCUUUGUAGGUGACAUGGAGGUUGUAAAUGUAGCAGUCCCACGUGCAUGUGUGUGGGUGGGGUUUGGGGGGGUGGGGGGGCUUCUGGUAAAUUGCCAUUCCAGCUGAAAGGCAGCAAAGCUCACUCUAUGCAACAUGGGAAGGAAGUACUGUCUUAUCCAUCCGUCCAUUUUCUAUGCCGCUUAUUCUCAUGAGGGUCUACCCCAGCUGACUUGAGGCGAGGGGCGGGGUACAUCCUGGACUGGACAUAGACCCUAGUCGUCUCUGUCUCUUGACUGUGUGGUCAACAUACUGACCACUCGUCCACCGUGCAACAACUACAGUAUUAUCUACAUGAAAAAAACAUGUUUAUUUAUAUGAUAAUAAAGUAACAUGUGAUAUCUGCUAGUCAUAAUGAUGUGUAAUUAUUUUUUUAAAUGAGAGACAAUGUUGACAUUUGCAGUGGUGACGAUAGUGCUGGCAUUCCUGACCAUGCAGGGCCUGAAGGUAAUGUUGUUGCCAAGGGCCCGGAUUAAUAUUUUACACUCCAACAGUACUGUCUAACUAGUACUGACUACUCAUUCUGCUGCUGUCAGCACAGACAUUUUCACAGGAAGCGUCAAGCAAGGGCAACACUGUGUUGGACCUGUGUGUACACAUUAAUGAAGAAUUUAAAUUCUGAUAUUUUCUUGUGUAUUUGUUUUUUGAAAGUGAAAAUAUCACACCAACUGAAGUUUAAUGAUUGUACUUCCUCCCUUGGAGUCCAUUUCAAAAUAAUGUAUAUCUGUCAUUGGGAUAAUAUUUCAGAUGUACUCUAAUGUAUGUAUGUAUACAAACAUAAUGUAUAGUUAAAGUAUGUAUUGUCAUGUCAGAUGUUUUUAAAGUGUUCAUUCACCGUCA